GAGGGAUACUUCAGGCUCAUCCAGUAGAGGAAGACUUGGGCCUGGUCUUGAAAGAUGGAGUUGGCAACUUGCAGAGUCCUGAGGCAUUCAGAGUGAAAAGGCUUUCCUCUCUCACUGACAGUCUCCACCAUGAUUCAUAGUCUUUUCUUGAUCAACUCCUCUGGAGAUAUUUUCCUGGAGAAACAUUGGAAAAGUGUGGUCAGCCGUUCUGUUUGUGAUUACUUUUUUGAGGCGCAAGAGAGAGCUACUGAGGCAGAAAAUGUGCCUCCAGUCAUCCCUACCCCUCACCAUUACCUCCUAAGCGUUUACCGCCACAAGAUCUUUUUCGUGGCUGUGAUCCAGACGGAAGUCCCACCUCUGUUUGUCAUUGAGUUUCUUCACCGAGUAGUGGACACAUUUCAGGAUUAUUUUGGAGUGUGUUCAGAGCCAGUGAUCAAAGACAAUGUGGUUGUGGUUUAUGAGGUAUUAGAAGAGAUGCUUGACAACGGGUUUCCAUUGGCUACCGAGUCGAACAUCCUCAAAGAACUGAUAAAGCCUCCCACUAUCCUUCGAACGGUUGUCAACACCAUCACAGGAAGCACCAAUGUGGGUGACCAACUUCCCACUGGGCAGCUGUCAGUGGUGCCUUGGCGACGGACCGGGGUGAAAUACACCAACAAUGAGGCCUAUUUUGAUGUGAUCGAAGAGAUCGAUGCCAUCAUUGAUAAGUCAGGUUCCACGAUUACGGCUGAGAUCCAGGGGGUGAUCGACGCCUGUGUGAAGCUGACUGGGAUGCCGGACCUCACGCUUUCCUUCAUGAACCCCAGGUUGCUGGAUGACGUCAGCUUUCAUCCUUGUGUCCGUUUCAAACGCUGGGAAUCCGAGCGCACCCUGUCCUUCAUCCCUGCUGACGGGAGCUUCCGCCUGCUCUCUUACCACGUCAGCGCGCAGAACCUGGUUGCGAUUCCAGUGUACGUCAAACAUAACAUCAGUUUCCGGGACAGUAGUUCCCUUGGACGCUUUGAAAUAACAGUGGGACCCAAGCAGACUAUGGGGAAGACCAUAGAGGGCGUGAUGGUCACCAGCCAGAUGCCCAAAGGGGUCCUGAAUAUGAGCCUCACUCCGUCUCAGGGGACGCACACGUUCGACCCGGUCACAAAGAUGCUGUCUUGGGAUGUAGGAAAAAUAAAUCCCCAGAAGCUACCAAGUUUGAAGGGGACCAUGAGUCUUCAGGCUGGAGCUUCCAAACCAGACGAAAACCCCACAAUUAACCUACAGUUUAAGAUCCAGCAGCUCGCCAUUUCUGGACUCAAAGUGAAUCGUCUGGAUAUGUAUGGAGAAAAGUACAAACCCUUUAAGGGCAUAAAAUACAUGACCAAAGCUGGAAAAUUCCAAGUUCGAACCUGAAGGGAGAGUUUUGCAGAGGCAACAGUCAUGAACACUUUAGUUUCUUACUUGAUUAAAAGUAAAAUGUACCAGCCUGUCCCCUAGGUCAGUCCCUUCCUGGCCCUGCCCGCUCCCUUUUUUCCUUAACCUGCAGUGCCGAGGAACGGUCAAGGGAGGAAGGGUCACCAGUGAGAACUGGACAGAACCAGAACUCAGUGAGCGCCGGCUCAGUUCUCCAAGAAGUGGCGUGCGAUGGAGGCGGAGGUGCUUGACGCCAUGUUUAACUAUUUUUAACGCAGUUUCCAUAGAAAAAGACGACUUGUUGCUUGCUUGGCUUUAAUUAUCUAAAGCCACUGAAAGACUUAGUUGCUGAUUUUUUCCUAAGGUAGAAAGAUCAGAAAGAAGAAAGACCGGGAGGAACAGUGAAUGUUGGAGAAAGGCUGGCUAAGGAUCUGACCUAGGAGGGACGAGAAAGAGGAGCAGAGAAGAGCUGGGAGGAGACACGCUCACGUGAACGACUGGCAGGGGAGGUGAUCGGACUGCGCUGGGGAGGGUUGGGGAGAACAGAGUUGAGCUGGUUUCUUUCUGAUCCCUCUACUCUUCCACAGAAAACAAUCUGUACUUCUAGAAGUGACCUGGAGACUUAAAUUCACGUCCACUAUUGAGAUGGAAACCCCAGCAGAAUCAGGUUUUCCCCUGAAGACCGUGAUGGUAUCUGUCCAGCUCUCAGAUACUGUUGCUGGCCCUUUCCACUGGGUCUCAUCUUCAGUGAAAGGUGACCUGCUUUCUUCCCAUGGUGGUGGUCUAAAAUCCCUCUUUCCCCGACCCGAGACAAUCCUACUCACUUGGCAGAAUUCUCCAGCCUUUUUCCUGUUACCUGAUCCUUCCAUAGGAUUUUCUAAAAAGUAGGGGAGUUUCAGAAGAGCCAAUCCCAUAACCCCCAGUGCAGCCAGAUUUUGUGUGUCAUAGUUUGGAGUAGAGGUGGCCGACUCAUUUCCCGUGAAGGUGGAUCACAGCUAUCAUGAGUGACCUCAUACUUACAUUUAUCAGUGCUGGCCUAGUCCUGGAUCCUAAAUGAUCCUGUUGGAAACUUCCAUCAGUCGCCCUAAGUAAAAAGAAUGCUUACCUUUGAGGGUAUGGUUGAUCCUUGAAGCUGCUUGGUAAUGUUAUCAUUUCCUCACAGUCUUUUGUUUUGUACUCUGUCAUGUAUUUAUU